UCCGCCAAGCACCAGUUGAAUUAAAAGAUGGCUGCGCCCAUGAACGAUUAAUCCGGUCGGUGUGCCAAAAAUACACGAAUCAAAAGUCGUGUUAAACUUACUUUAGCUAGUCAUGUUAGCAAAACUGAAAUAUCUGAAAGAAGAAGAGAAAGCUUUGAAAGAUAUAAAAAACAUGAUCACCGAGCAAGCUACUCGAUUAAAGCAUGAAGAGCUUUAUUUGAAGAGUCUGAUGAGAGAUUCGUCUCAAGGUUUCCAGGAUCAGUCAUCUUUUUUGCAAAGUCAUAAAGCUAUUUUAGAGCAGACAGCACUAGUGGAUGACGACUCAGUGAACAAAGUACCACUAGAGGACCUCCAAUCGCAGUCAUCGUCCCAACAACAUCUUAUGAAGGAGCCGGUUCAUGCUGAGGAGGAAGAAGAUGAAGAAGAAGAAGAGUCGGAAGAGGAGAGUGGAGAUUGCGACAUGGAGGAUGGGAUCAACACAGAGCUGAUGACACUGAUGCAGCAGAUGCAAGAAGGCCAUCACUACGACGAUGACUUUUGAGAACUUCACCAACCGACCUUCGGCAUAAUGUCCUGACGUUUCAACCAGUGUUGUAGCCACGGUGGGCGAUGCUGGGCGAGCCUGCCCAGGACUAACAAUUUUUGCCCAGCUCUCUGAGAAAAUACACUGUGUUGCCCGAGACAGAUUUCUCCAAGUUUGCAUUUCAGCAAUGAUGGCCCCAUUUACAUGAAUCAUUUUGUUGAACCACCCGCCACUAAAAUUGGUCUAGCUGCAACACUGGUUUCAACCCAAGCAGAGUCUUUCUCGAAAGGCUAAAUGGACCAAAAGGAUCUUUGGUAUAAAUGGAGCUAAUAAAACUCAUGCCAGCAGAUGCAGGAAAGAGAACACUAUGACGACGGGGUUUGGAGAAUAUUCUUAAUUUUGACUCAAACUGUGAACUGCCUUACCAUCCAUGGUAUGAAAUGCAAACAUAGUAAAUGGCCUAAGGUUUGGACUAAGGCAGAGUCUUUCUAGAAAGGCUAAAUGAAACAGAAGGACCUAUGGUAUAAAUUGCAGCAGAUACAAGAAAGAUAAAACUACAACAAUAAUGGCUUUUGGGGGGAAAAUGAUGGAGAACAUUCUUGAUUUUUGACUAAAAGUUGGAUAUUGAGAAAAUGGAAUUAGCUGUUACAAACUGUUUUACCAACCAAAAGAACCCAAAGUAAAAAUCUGUCCUGGGCCAAUAUGUUUAUAUCUAUUCCCUUGGCGUUAAUAAUUGACUGAGAAUGGGAAUAUCUUUAUUCUCCCAGGAAAAGUACCAGUCCAUCCCAGGCUAUUCCCCAGCUCUCGCCUGUACCCAUUUGUACUCCUGGGUGGAGAGAAGCAAUUAUAGUAAAGUGCCUUGCUCGCAACUGACCUUGCCAGGAUUCAAACCAACAUUCUGUUAGUUACAGAACCUGAGUCCAAGAAAUGGUAUAGAGGGGAAUUGAGCAUUGGACAUGGUUGCUAGUCUAACGAAGCCCCUACAUCGUUGUAGCUAUAGUACAGGGAUGAGAUUGUUCAGACUUUUGGCUGAAUUCAGACUUUAUGUCGGCCUGGUGAAGACAAUUUUUUU